ACCGUUUGGCGGGAUCUCAUUAGUUCCGCGCCCGACGCCAAGUUUCCACCCGCAGCGGGACGUUACCAUCUCUAUUGUUCCUAUGCGUGCCCCGGCUCUCAUCGUGCCCUUAUAAUGCGUACCUUGAAAGGCCUUGAGGAUGUCGUUUCGGUUACAUACGUCCAUCCAACCUGGAGACUUACAAAUCCGGAUAACCCCAAUGAUAAACAUCGAGGAUGGGUAUUUGGUGACCCUCUUGGACAGCCUUUCUCUAAUACAAUCAACCGCGGUGGACCAUUCCCUCCCGCAUACACCGGGAACAAACCUGAUCCCCACUUUGACGCCUUCAGCAUUCGCGAAAUCUAUGAAGUUGCACACGACACCAGUGGUAAAUACACUAUCCCGCUACUAUGGGAUUCAAGACUUAACACCAUCGUGAACAACGAAUCCUCCGACAUCGCCUACAUGUUCAACUCCUGUUUCAAUGCUUUCGCUGCUAACGGCGAUCUAGAUCUCUACACUGAGGAUAACGAAGAAGGCAUGGCAAAGUUGAACGAGGUCAACGAAUGGCUGAGCCCGCUAAUGAUAAAUGGUGUCUAUCGCUGCGGAUUUGCGAAAAACCAGCGCGCCUACGACACGGCAAUAGACGAGCUCUGUAAGGCAUUCGACCACGCCGAUGACAUUCUGCAGAACCAAAGGUACUUGACAGGAAACACACUUACAGAUGCUGACAUCCGUCUAUUUGUUACUUUGUUGCGAUUCGAUGAAGUCUAUGCAAUUUACUUUCGAGCGAACGCGCGAUUGGUAAUGCUGACACCGUCGCUUUUGAGUUUCUGUCGCGAGAUCUACCAAAUGACCGGUGUUGCCGCUACUUGCGACAUGGAGCAGAUUAAAGCUCAUUUCUUUGGAUCUCAUCCGGAAUGGAAUAACUAUUCUGUAGUCCCUCGCGGUCUGGGCUUCAUGGAGCUGUUGGACAUGCCUCAUGACCGAGAGAAGCUUUCU